AUGUCGGGUAAUGGAUGUAAGGAUAGAGGCCAUAGUAACAACUCUUUUCUGGCAAUGUGGGGUAUAAGGGGGAUAUCCCCUAAUUCUACCAACGAGCCAUGUUAUAGGACGCCACUCAUACCGAUUGAUAUGCCGAUAGUGAUAGGAGUCGUAGGCUCCAACAAUCAAGGUGCUAUUAGUCAACAAACUGGCAUGGGUGAUCCUCUAGUGGUAAUUAUGGAUUUGAGGACUAUUGCUUUGAGGGUGCAGAUGCAGAGUCAACCUUUCAACGCCUUUUCAUUGCCCCUCAUCAGACGAGAUGAGGAAAAGUUUGCGGAUAAAAAAACUCCACCACACAUGUAUUCGUCUCUAUUAGGAGAAUUUGGAUCACCGGUAGUCCCAGUUCAGUGA